ACAACCAUUCCCUUCUCCCUCUCACCUCACCUCCUCCGCCCCCUCCCCCCCGUCCUCCUCAUAAAUCUAUUGGUCGUGGUCUCGGCUCCACUAUCCAAUGCUUUGCUGAUCAGACUGCAGUUGUAUUUUCUGGAAGUUGGCAGCUGACGGCUCACAGCAAAAGGCUUUCCUGUCACUCCGCCGCUUGGACAGUGGAAUUAUGAACAGAGCUGAUCCAGCCUCUAUCAGCCUGUCUUGAAUCUGUCUGUUUCACACCGAGAGAAAUUGAACCGACCAUGGAGAUUGGAGUCCGCAUCCUCUUGGCUUUCCUCGUCCACCAGGCUGCCUGUGUGGGUGGUCAAGAGGAUGGAAGCCAUGAGGACUGUGUACCUGGCUUCCAGGUCAAACAUUACCGGGUGGUGUACAGCGGACCUUUUCAGAAAGGCCAGCCGCUUAUACAAGUCGAGUUUGAUGACUGUGCAGGGAACAAAGACGUGACAUUCGAGGUGUCAGAUCCCAACUUCCACGUGGACAGGAAUCUAAAUCUGGCUCCUCAUCGAGACACAAUGAACAGCGCGGCGGUCCUGUUCAUCCGCGGGGUCAGUGCACAUGCAGAUGACAUGGCACAGGUGGACUUCAGGGAUAUCCUGGGUCUUGGUCACACAUUACCAUACAGAUCUAAGAGGUCCCUGCUGGUCCCUCCUAUGAUUGUAACUGAGAACCAGAGAGCUCCCUUCCCUAGGCUCAUUGGCAGGUCUCAUGUGAUUUCAGCACAGAAGUCGGGGAACCACAUCUUCCGACUGAAAGGCCCCGGUGCUGACCAGGAUCCCAAAGGUCUCUUCAUCAUUGACAUAGACACAGGAGAGGUGUCAGUCAGUCGCUCACUGGACCGGGAGGCCAUCGCCUCCUAUGAGCUUGAAGUAUCAACAACAGACUUCACUGGAAAUGUUGUCGAUGGACCGACCUUACUACAGAUCACUGUCAUUGACCAAAAUGACAACCGCCCCAUCUUCAGAGAGACACGCUACACAGGAGAGGUGCUCGAGGGGUCCCCUACAGGGACCACAGUGAUGACAAUGACGGCGUUCGAUGCAGACGACCCCGCCACAGAUAAUGCUGCGUUGCGCUACAACAUCGUCAGGCAGUCACCAGAUAAACCGUCCCCAAACAUGUUCUACAUCGAUGCAGAAAGAGGCGACAUUGUCACCGUUAUCUCCCCCACGUUACUUGACAGAGAGACCCUGCCAACCACAACGUAUGAGUUAGAGAUUGUGGCCAAGGACAUGGCAGGAAGUGAGGUGGGCCUCACAGGAACGACCACAGCCACCAUUACCAUCACAGACAAGAACGAUCAUGCUCCUGAGUUCACACAUCCGCUGUUUGAAGCAUCUGUGAACGAGGGCUCAACUGGGGUGGUGGUCAACCUGACGGUAGACGACAGAGACGAUCCAGCCACAGGGGCAUGGCGGGCAAUCUACUCUAUAAUUAACGGCGAUCCUACACAAAGCUUCGAAAUCCAAACCAACCCGGACAAUAAUGAGGGAAUGUUGUCAGUUGUCAAGCCUCUGGACUACGAGGCCACAGCGUUCCACACACUGCUCAUCAAAGUAGAGAACGAGGAUCCUCUGGUUCCAGAUGUUGGCUACGGCCCCAGCUCCACAGCCACAGUCCACGUCACGGUCAUGGACACCAACGAGGGCCCGGUCUUCUUCCCUGACCCUCUGACAGUGACCAGGAUGGAAAACAUCCCUGUGGGCAGCUUUGUGGCCUCACUCAAUGCUACAGAUCCAGAUAUAUUAGAGAUUCAGAGCAUCAGAUAUGCUGUUCUGCGAGACCCGGCAGGCUGGCUGAGUGUGAACCCAGUCAAAGGAACUGUCAACACUUCAGCCUCGCUGGACCGUGAGUCUCCAUAUGUCCAUGAAAAUAAAUACACAGCUGUCUUCAUCGCCACAGAUAAUGGCAGCCCCCCAGCCACAGGUACCGGCACAUUGGUCAUCAACCUGGAAGACUACAAUGAUAACGUCCCCUAUGUGGUCCCAUCAGUAGCACAAGUAUGUGAAGACGCCCAUGAUAUGAAUGUGGCCAUAGUCGGGGGGCGGGACAGAGACCUCCCACCCAAUGGUGCGCCCUUUAAAAUAGAACUGGGAAAACAGCCUGGUCUAGACAAGACAUGGAAAGUUACCAGGGUAAACUCCACGCAUUCCCAAAUCAUGCUUUUGCAUAGUCUGAAGAAAGCCAACUACCAGCUCCCGUUGCUCAUCACUGACUCAGGAGUGCCACCCUUGUCUAACAACACAGAGGUCAAAGUUAGGGUAUGUGUCUGUAAGAAGAACAAGAUGUUCUGCAGCUCUGCCCAGUCCCACCGCACCACCCUCCUCGGACUAAUUGCGACACUCCUGCUCUCCCUACUCUGCCUGUAGAUUCUGCUGAAACCUCCUGUAGUCGUUUUUGCAACAUUGAAAAGCAACGACUUAUCUCUCCCACACAACCCAGGCUUAGGAGAAAAGAAGAAGAAGAUGGCAAAAAAGAAGAAGCAAGAAGAUUUCUUCUCACCAUGAAAAGUCAAACAAGAAUACACACACAUUCCCCAGCCGUGUCUACAGCUAUAUAAAACCACUUGGUGUUUUUUAAAAGAUUUCUCACUUAUUCUCUAGCCACUCUCAUCUCCUUUUCUUUAUCCUUACUUUCCUUGCAGUCCUUUCCCACUUUCCCUCAUCUCAUCUCUGCAUCUAUUCCUGACUUGAUUUGACUGUCUUUGAUUUUUUUUUUUUGACCUCUCUCCUCUACAUUUUAUAUUUCCAGUUUUCAACGUAUUCCAUUUUAGCACCAUACCAUUACGCUGGCAGUCAAGCAUUGGGUGUUCAUAGCAAAAUGCCACAUCAAUAGGAGAUACUUGAAACAACAUGUAUAUUGAUAGUAUAUUUUAAAAAAGCUAUAAAUGAUUUAAUAUUGGACCUCACCUUCAAACCUCGUGUUUUCACACAGUUCAUCCCUUGCUUUCUUUUCCUCCUACUUCCCUGUUUCCUCUCUGUUGCUCUGUUUUCUUUUCCCCUCAGUUCCAUCCUUUCCUUCCUUCAUUCUCACCAUGCAUAGAGUCCACCCCACUAUCUAUCUGCCUCUCCUUCCCCGACUCCCCAUCUAUCUAUCGACCUCGCUCUAUAUCUUGUUGGGCCAGGGAACACUGCAGAGGCUGAGGUACUGUCCUAGUCGGGGAAGAGCAUUGACUUCUUGAUGUGUUCCUUUCUUUUCUCAUCACAGACUGUGGUUGAUCUUGUUUCCUUCUUUAAACGGAGAGAAAAAGUCUGUUUUCUUUGUCUGCAGUGAUCGUGGUCUUUUAGGACAAGGUGGUAGCCAUAAGCCUUCAAAGUCAAACUCAAUGGAGUCGUUUCUCGAUUUGCUUUUGUUUUUAUUGCAUUAGUUGUCAUGGAGUGGAAAACAGUAUAACUUUAUGGUAACAGUGUAAACCUUAAAAAAGUACUAUUAUAUAAAUAUUUUAUUUUUUACCAUUGUAUAAAUAUACAGUAUUGAUUAACUUAUGUAUUUUGAUUGCAAGUUCUUUGGUCGCCCACUCAGUAAGUAAAUAAUAAAGAGGAAACCUUUUUUUUUCUGUGGAUUUUAGCCAAUAUUUUUAAUGUUAUCGAUGUGUUGACUAUUUUAUUGUAACACCUUUUUAUUGUUUUGUUUGUUUUUUUACUUUUGAAUCUCUCAUUAAUUGCAGAAUCAGGAGUCUUGUUUUGAAGACAGCCACGUGUUUAGGUUCGAUUUUGUCUCCUGUGAAAUCUGCCCUCUCCUGUUCUCUCUCCAUCUGUCAUUACAAGUCACAAGAAGAUGUGUAAGAAAUGGUUUUGGUGCGUAGAUUUGCUUUUUUUCUCUUGCGCUCAUCAAAAGAAGGCAGCGUGUGGGUUUGCGGGGAAGACCACCUUCAAGAAAAAGAUGACAUUUUGAAUGAGUUACAUCUGUCUUUUGCACUAAUUUAAUAAAGCUGUUACUGAAAAUUCCAACAAUGCUAUUUUGUAAAUUGCACGUUAACUGAAAUGCCCUGUUAUUGCAAAGGAGGGAAGUUGUACAGAUUUUUAGUGCAAGUGCUAGAAUGUCAUUAACAUCUUUACGUUUUUCCAUCUUAGGCACUUAAAGGAACUGUUAGACAUUUCUGAAUAUACACCAGGAGGAACGAGCAGCUAGCCUGGCUUUAUCCAUAGGUAAAAACAGCACACCUAAAGCAGCAUGUGUAAAGCUCUAAAGGCACAAGUGACAACAACAUUUCAGGAUGUUGCCGCUCUUGGUGUGAUGGUUACAGCACACUACGUUACAGUUUUUU